AUGUUGACCGAACUGGCGUUCGGCCUUCUCGCUGCUUGGAUUAUCAUAUUCAGUCAAGCACUUCACAAAAUCGACGAAGGACAUGUUGGCGUCUAUUAUCGAGGUGGAGCUCUGCUUAAAUCCGUGUCAGGACCUGGAUACCAUUUACAUGUUCCAUUAUUGACCACUGUAAAAUCGGUCCAAGUGACCCUUCAAACCGACGAGGCAACAAACGUCCCUUGCGGAACAUCCGGAGGAGUUAUGAUCUAUUUCGACCGCAUUGAGGUCGUGAACAUCUUAUCUCAAGACAGCGUAUAUGCCAUCGUGAAGAAUUACACCGUUGAAUACGACCGCCCCCUGAUCUUCAACAAAGUACAUCACGAAGUUAAUCAAUUCUGCAGUAGUCACACCCUUCAAGAAGUCUACAUUGAUCUAUUCGAUAAAAUUGAUGAGGAAAUCAAAAACGCUCUCCAAAUUGACCUUCUGAAAAUGGCUCCAGGACUCUUUGUUCAAGCAGUGCGAGUGACCAAACCAAAAAUCCCAGAAGCUAUCCGUUUGAAUUAUGAAAUGAUGGAAGCUGAGAAAACGAAACUUCUCGUUGCACACCAAACUCAGAAAGUCGUGGAGAAACUCGCAGAAACCGAGAGAAAGAAAGCGGUUAUUGAGGCUGAAAAAAUUGCACAGGUUGCCUUGAUCCACCAAAAACAAAUGAUUACGGAGAAAGAAACUCAAAAGUUGUUGAAUCAGUUGGAACCACCGAAAAAUCCAAAGCCAAUGCGGAGUUCUACAAAGCCGAAAAGCAAGCUGCUUCAAACAAAAUCCUUCUCACAAAGUAUAGAGUAUCUGGAAUUGCAGAAGAUUCAAGCCAUCGCUGCCAACAACAAAAUCUUCUAUGGAGACAGUAUUCCUCAAGCUUUCGUUUUGGGAAACACUCCAGCAAAUGAUUAA